UUCGUCAAAGUUGAUCAAACAUGUUUAUCUCACGUUCGCCAAGGAUGUUGUUACCUUACUGAAAAUAAAUGUAAUUGCAUAUGAGCCAAGAAAAUUUGUAAAGAAUUGGGCGAAAAAUUACAAAUUUGCAAUAAUAAAUUGGGCUUCUAGUUUUUUUCGCCUGACAUUGCACUCGAGAGCUAUGGGGGUGGGGAACGGGAUUACACUAUAUAAAGAACAUCUAGCUCAUUUCUGUUACUACAGAAAUUCUUAAAGGUACUUUGUGAUAUUGGUACCUACUCGUGUUUUGUGUCGGACAAAAUGGGAUCCAAGGAUCAGGAACCGGUCAAACCCACAUCAUGGUGGAAAAGACGAACAACCACGGAAAGAUGGCUUGCAUUAGUUUCCACAAUUGCUGUCCUAAUCGCAGUUGCGUUGGUAGUUGUUUUGGUAACCUCCAUCCUUACCAGAAUCAAGUCGACAGGUACGUCGCACUUGAAUGAAACCUUUAUCCAAAGUAAAUUACAAGGUAACCUGCCAGUUAGGACCAAUAGAGCAUCGACUCACGACUCCAACAACGUAUGUAUGACAGCAGGUUGUAAUCGUACGGCGGCGGACGUCUUAUCCAAUAUGGAUCCAAACAUCGAUCCUUGCGACGAUUUUUAUAAAUUUGCAUGCGGCAAUUUCAUCAAGAGAACGAAAAUUCCAGACGACAAAUCGUUUGUUACAUCAUUUAACCUUCUAAGCGAUUUGCUUCAAGUACAAUUAAGAACAAUGAUAGGAGAGCCCGUUGAACCAGAGGAGCCCGGACCGUUCGUGCAACUUAAAAGGCUCUACAGUUCGUGCAUGAAUACUACCGCAAUUGAACUAGACGGUUUAACCACAAUGAAAGCUGUCCUACAAGAUUUAGGCGGAUGGCCAGUGAUAGAAGGACAAUGGGACCAAUCGAAAUUUGAAUGGACAAAGUCCGUUUAUAAAUUUCGAAAAACCGGUUACAGUAUCGACUUCUUUCUCAAGUUUUCUGUUUCAAUUGACUACAAGAACUCUACAUUGCGAGUAAUUCAGAUAGAUCAAGCGGAGUUGUUAUUGGCAAAGGAAUACUUCAGUAAAGGACUUGAGGAUGGUCUAGUUCGAGCCUAUUAUGAUUAUAUGGUUGACAUUGCCGUUAUGUUCGGUGCUAAUAGAGAGAUUGCCAAAUCCGAACUCAAAGAUUCUUUAGACUUUGAAAUACAACUGUCUAACAUUUCACUUUCGCCCGAAGAUCGCAGAAAUUACAGUCUACUAUACAAUCCCAUGUCUGUGCACGACCUUCAAGUUAAGUUUCCCAGUAUUCCAUGGUUAGAGUACCUCAAUUCCGCAAUGAACAUCCCGAGUAUUCCAAUUAAAAGCUCCGACGUAAUAAUAGUUUCUGUUCCUGGUUACAUUUCAAAGUUGGAGAAGUUACUUAGCAGCACACCUAAAAGAAUUCAGGCAAACUACGUAAUGUGGGGAGCCGUGUAUUCAUCAGUAACUCAUCUCACAGACCAAUUGCGACAGCGGCAGCUGCAAUAUACCAAACUUUUGAAUGGACGUACCGAACUAGGGCCCAGGUGGAAGGAAUGUACAGAUAUUGUGUCAAACAGUUUGUCAGUCGCGGUGGGUGCUUUAUACAUUCGCAAAUACUUCCCCAAAGAUGCCAAACAGAAGGCGAAGGAAAUAGCGUCCGAUAUCAAGGAAGAAUUUAUUAAUAUACUCAAAGAGAUCGAUUGGAUGGAUAACGCUACCAGAGGGUACGCAUUGGAAAAGGCGGCUGCGGUAACAGCUCACGUUGCAUAUCCCGAUGAGUUACUUUCGGAUAAAAAACUGGAACGUGUUUUUGAAGGGCUGGAUUUGUCAUCAGAUAAAUUCCUAAAGGUUAUGUUAAGUCUUACUUUGUUUGGAAUUGAUUCCGCGUACAAAAAGUUUACCGAACCAGUUAAAAAACAAGAUUGGAUGGUCAUCGGAAGACCUGCUGUUGUCAACGCGUAUUAUUCUACACCCCACAAUAGUAUACAAGUUCCCGCUGGAAUAUUACAAGGGGUUUUCUUCUCAAAUGAUAGACCGCAAUAUAUGAAUUACGGUGGUAUUGGUUUUGCCAUCGGGCAUGAAAUUACUCAUGGGUUCGAUGACCAAGGUCGACAAUUUGAUAAAGAUGGAAAUUUGGUCGACUGGUGGGCACCCUCAACAAAAGCGGCGUUUAUGAAGAAAGCGCAAUGCAUAAUUGAUCAGUACACAAACUAUACCGUACCAGAAGUGGGAUUACAUGUGAAUGGCAUCAACACACAGGGAGAAAAUAUCGCCGAUAACGGUGGAGUUAAAGAGGCAUACUUGACUUACGCCUCUUGGGUUAAGCGUCACGGGUCCGAACCAAGACUGCCCGGUCUAGAUUACACACCCGAACAGAUGUUUUGGAUUUCUACUGCAAAUGUAUGGUGUUCUUUGCAUCGACCAGAAGCUCUUAAAAUGAGAAUUUCAACUGCUUUUCAUGCACCUGACAAUUUUAGGGUGGAAGGACCGCUCAGCAAUUCUCCUCAGUUUUCAAAAGAUUUUAAUUGUCCAAUCAAUUCAAAAAUGAAUCCCAUACAUAAGUGUAGCGUAUGGUGAUCCUUAAUCAAGUUUAACUAACUCGACUUAUAUAUUGUUAUUAACAUUUUGUAGAUAUCUGGGACAUGAACAACAAUAAAGUAAAGAGACGCUUGAUUUAGAAAAUA